CGACGGCUACAGUGGCGAUUCUUUUUUGAUAUUUCAGAUGUAUUUUAAGAUUAAAUCGCUUUUAACAAAUUUCCAAAAUAUGGGUAUUUUCCCUUUUUUAUUUCACUUUCUAUAUAAAAAUAUCUUUUUUUUUUGAAAUAGCUGGGUCUUUGUUGUAGAGAUCUGAGUGGGGGGAGUAAAGCUUGGUGCAUGAUUCCCUGAUGUUAAUCUCGACCGUUUAAAUACGAUUUUUUUUCUUGAUUUUUGUUGGGGUUUCUCCUCUUUUUUGGUCUUUGUAGAAAGAGGUGUUUGUGAUUGAAAAGACCUCUUUUUUGGGGAUUUUUGUUGGUUAGGACCUUCAUGCAAUGGGGAUUUCUGGAGUAGGAAGUCGUUGGAGGAGUGAGAAUUCCCACCAGGUUUCGCCUCAGAGGGGAGAAUCACAGCGAAUUUGAAGCAGAACAGCUCGCAGACGGCAGCGCGUGAGAAAGAUUGAAUCUUUUCUAGAUCUCUUGGAGCCUCGAGAUGGAGUUUGGGAGGGGCGGCGGUGGUGGGGUUCCAAACGCCCCGCAUUUGGAAGAGAAUGGCUUCCCGGUUCACGGUUCCUGGAUUCCGGUCACCCCAUCAAAGCCGGAGCAAGCAGGCUGCGCCACACGGGUACACUGGCUACAAGCCACAGGUAUACACGGCAACAGGUCUAUACAACAUAUCACACAGCAGAAAGAAGCUUCCAGUGGCACAGUGCCCAGCAUGCAGUUAGAUUCCGUGAGUUAUCCAGGGCAGGUGCAACGACUCUCUAACCAGGAAGCGGCUUCAGGUCCACAGGCUCGAGUUUCAGGUCUCAAUACUCACAUGCAGACCUUCAUCAGCACAUCUGAUGAGCAGAACAGGUCACCACAAGGGCAUUUCCUGGCCUUCACAAAUGGAGCGUCCACGGCAGCAGCGGCAAUGCAAAGAGCGGGCAAUGCUGCUGUCGGCCCAUUCACGCCAAUCUUGCUUGCACAGAUUGAUAGCGCGCUGCAGCAGCAGUCAACCUCAGGGCCAACCUUGUUGCUCAUGAACCAAAAUGUUCCCGUCAUGUUCGCUCCGUGGAAUAAUAAUACCAGACACCCACCUCAGAUGACUCCAAAUGGUUUUCCUGUUCCUUACCGAACAAACUAUGAUCUGAAUUCCCCGGCAAAAUCAAUAGCUGAUGUGGUCACAAAUGGAACUAUUACAUUUCAGAUAGCCCCCGUAACACCAGAUCAGGGAGCGAGAAUACAGAAUAGCCAAUCCAAAAAGACUGUCAGUUUAUUUGCAAAUGGAGUAAAUCAAGAAAAGCAGGACGAUAGCCCUGCACCUAGGUCCCUUCCUUCCAGGAGGAAGGAGCUGAUUGAGCUCAAUAGAGAUCAGGAUCUCUCCCAGCCCUUGGAUUCCCUUCAUGCCAUCUUUUCCAACCCAGUGAAGGGUAAACAAGGUCUCUCACAGCUAUUUGAUUCAUCACCCACUGUCCCUUCCACCCCAGUUCAACCAAACCAAGGCUUCCUGCAACCAUUGGAUUCAUCACCUGCAGUCCAUUCAUCUCUCUCGCAGCAAUUGGAUACUGCACCCCCUGUUCUUUCCACCCCUGCAGAGGGAAACCAGUGUUUCUCAAGGCCACUAGAUUCAUCACCUGUUGUCUUCUAUAACACCCAAGUCAAGGAAAAUCAAGGAUUCACACAGCUCUCAGAUUCACCUCCCACUGCCCUUUCCACACCUGUGAAGGAAAGCCAGGGUCUCUCACAUUUGGCAGAUUCAUCACCUUCAGUCUGUGCUACCACAGUCAAGGAAAACAGCAAUUCCCGAAAGGGGGAAGACCAAGGCAUAGACCUGAACAAGACACCACCGCAGAAGCCGCCCAGAAGGAAGAAGCAUAGACCCAAAGUCAUCAGAGAUGGAAAGCCUAAAAGAACACCGAAGCCACCCGAGGCUCCGAAGCAGGCCACUAACAAAGAGAAUCCUUCUGGAAAGAGGAAGUAUGUUCGGAAAACAGGCCAAAAGGUGUCAUCCACACCCCCGUCUGUAGAACUCGGAGAGACCGUUGAUGUGGGCGCUGGGGAAGGUGCAAAAUCUUGCAAACGAGCUUUGAAUUUUGACUCGGAAGGCCAAGCAGGAGACCAAAACCCCAGCACAAUUGCCCAGCAUGACAUACCAAAUGGCGGCAUUGCUAAUGCUGCCCUUAAUGCUGCGACAAGCAGCAUGUGGAAUUUUAAUAUCGGAACAGAGUCUCAAGCCCACAAUGGAUGUAUUGCCUUUAACAGUAGUCCUGGAUUCAAAUCAACAGUGCAGCUUGCGCAAGGACUGGAAGUGGUGGUGGAGAACUCACCAGCAGGGAUUGCAUUCGACCUCAACCGGUCUUUGACCCAGAUGCUGGAUGAAUACAUGUCAUUGCCUGAAAAUCCAAGUCCUGCAAUUGCUUGGAAUGAACCACCAAAGGAAAAGAAAAGCGAGAUUCCAAGAAAGCAGAAUAACGUAGAGACUAUGGGUGCAUGUAUAAAUGGCAGACACAGCCGUCACGCUCCGGUUCAUCAAUUUGUCCAUGCAGGGGAAGUAAAUCGCACUCCGAUUCAUCAAUAUGUGCAUGCAGAGGAACUAAAUCACAUCGGAAGUCCAGUUGAAGCUGGCCAUCAAGACCACAAAAGCAACUCACUGUCGAGAUUGCAGACUGGUGUUCAAUCCGUAGCUGAAAGCCAAUGCCAUUCAAAUUUCAAUAUGCUGGUAGAAUCAUCUGAAAGCGACCAUAUGAAAAAAGGAUCGAAGAGAACGCAUAUUCAGAUAGCCAAUGACACUCAUCACCACCCCAUGAACAUAAUGGAGGCCCAUAUGCAAGCUUGUCAGAAGAUAAUCAAAGACAACGAAUAUUACGGUGGCAGUGGCAACCAUGGAAUGCAUUUUCCAGACAUUAACAAGAAGAGGUCAAACACGAGUUGCAAUGAACCCACAUCAAAUGCAUCACCCUUCAUGACAGGGCCGAGUGAUGGCUCCAGAAGAGCAACCGAGUGCAGCAUGAACGGAGUCAUGGCUAGCCAUUUCACAGUACAAAAUAGUGAGGAAAGGCUUUUACGUCCAUGCAGCUUUAUGGAAGAAGUGAAAAGGGAUUCCCAAUACAGAAACAAUACCACCAUGCCUGAUAUACAAUCUCAGACAAUGACUGGGGAACAUUACCGAACGGUGCAGCAUACUUCUGGUCAGGUGGUGCUGCAGCAUACUUCUGGUCAGCUGGUGGGAAUCAACACCAAUAAACCGCAAGUUCCUGACAGCGUGUUGGACCAAAGCCUGAUGGAAAGAAGGAUAAAGCAGAAAUCAAAUGGGUCCUUCCAAGUCCGCACCUUACCAUCAUUAACUGUAGCGGCACAGCAAACAGCACUAACAUCUGAUAAGAGGCAAGCAAGCAAUGUUCUGCGUGGUACUCAAGGCUGUGUGGAAGCCCUGGCUGCAGAUAACCAAGCAAAAGUGAAAACAAAGAGGCGUACAAAGAAGGCACCAGGUCCUCCCUCCAACUCUGUGGGUAUGAAUCAGGCACAUCUACAAGAACAACGGACUGCCAGAUAUGAUCACCAUCAACACUUCACAGAACCAAGAGUUGCUUCACUUGGGCAGAAAUCUAUUGGCCUCACCGGAUCUCCAUCCAAACAUGGUCAACUGAGAAGUUCCAACAGUCUUCCAAUCGGUCUCAUUCAUGACAGCCAAACUAGAAGCAAUUUUCAGGAUAGAUUUGGUGCAGGCUUCCAGUCGCAAGCAAUCGUGCCCUACAACAAUGCCAUUGAUGAAAUUACUGACAGAUUGGAAUGCCUGAAUAUCAAUGGGAAAAGCAAGAUUGUCACAGCUCACACACAGAAUGCGAUGGUUCCUUAUGUUGGACGAAUGAUGGUUCCCUACGAUGGCUCAUCAGCUAAGAAACGGCGCCAUCGGGCCAAGGUUGACCUGGAUGCAGAGACAAACAGAGUAUGGAAGCUUCUGAUGUGGAAGGAAGGCAGCAAUGAACGAAUUGAUGCAGAUAAAGAAAAAUACUGGGAGGAAGAAAGGCAAAUAUUUCGGGGGCGAGCGGACUCGUUUAUUGCUCGCAUGCAUCUAGUACAAGGAGAUAGACGUUUCUCGCGGUGGAAAGGAUCUGUUGUGGACUCAGUGGUUGGAGUCUUUCUUACUCAGAAUGUAUCUGACCACCUUUCAAGCUCAGCCUUCAUGGCCCUUGCGGCGAGAUUUCCUCUUCGGUCUAGUAGCAAAGAUGUGGUACCAAACAGGGAAGGGACAAGAAAACCUGCAGAUGGAUAUGUUGUAGAGUUGGAAGACAGCAUUUGUCAACAGGCAUGUGACAGUUCUGAACAUGGAGCUGAACCCGUCCAAGAGAAGGAAGUGGCGAACAGCCAUGAAUCAUUCGGAAGCAAUGUGGGAGGCGGCACACCAAACCAUUCAAAAGGCAAGCACCACACUUCCUGCAUUAGUGGGCCAGAAAUGUGCCAAGAAUCGCCCGAAAACAGAACAGACACAUCAGCCACAGUAACCGAAAGUGCAAGUCUGGCAGACACCGAGGAUAGGAAAGUACUGGAAGAUGUGGUUUCAUCUCAAAUCUCGGUAGUUUCAUCUCAAAACUCUACAGACUCUAUCCAUCAGGCAGCUGACCGAAUCGGAUCAAGCUCCGAGUCCAACUCUGAAGCAGAGAACCAGAUGACUGAGUUUAAAUGCAAUCAAUUCAAUGGUUCUACUUCAUUCAUGGAGCUUUUGGAAAUGGCAGGACCUCCAAACACAUUCGCAGAAUUUAAUGCCUAUGGAAAUGGAAGUAUGCCAUCUAAAGAGAAUUAUGAAGGCACAUCUAUAGAAUUGGGAGGUUCUAUGUAUGACAAGAGAAUGUCAAGGUUUGACGGAGCAGAUAGCCUGAACGGCCCAUGCCCAUCCAUCGAAAGACCCAACUCUCAUCACCCACAAGCACAACAUGCAUUCAAUGGAGUUGUUGAUAUGCCUUCCAGUGCUUAUCAUUUGCAUACAAGCUUGGGUUUGGGACAGGUGGAAAUGGGAACUUUCCCUUCAUCCGAAAUCGGAGAGAGAAACAAUAUUUACUACAAAGAGAAAAGAGUCGGUCAAGCAGCAGGAAAUGCAACCGAAUUUACAGUUCAGCAGAAGCCAUCAUUGCCUCCUCAAACUGCGCUCCCUGGUGAUUUGUGUGCACCCAUAAACAAGAACUCAGUGCACGCAUCACCUAAUUCAAACGUGGAAGCCUACUUUAUGAAACAUCCACUCACACACCACAAUCUUCCAAGGGAGACAAACGCAUGUUCACCAGGCACAGAGAGUUUGGUUCAUAUAGCCAACUUCCUUCAGAAUGCAAGGGAAGCAGGUAUGCAAUCUGAUAUUACUGAGGCUUCAGAAGCUAGGAACAUCGCUGAAGUAUUAUCUCAAAGGCAGACCUCUGGAACGCAGCAUAAUCAUUCAAAUUUACCCAAUUAUUUAGGAGAUACUUUAGAUGUUGCAGAAUGCUCAAGCUUAGCAAAAAAGGAGAAACCAUUAGCAAGGAAGUUAGCUGAAUCAAAUUCAAAAGAUGAAGGUUGUAGUUCUAAGAUUGUUUCUACUGAGACAAGUAGAGAUACUCUGAAAGCAAGAAAGGGACGAGGCGAGUCAGCAAAGAAGCAGGCUUUUGACUGGGAUAGUUUAAGAAAGCAAGCCUGUUACAAUGGUCAAAAGAAGGAAAGAAGCAGUGAUAGAAUGGACUCACUUGACUGGGAAGCAGUUAGACUGGCAGAAGUUAGUGAAAUUUCUGAUACCAUUAGGGAACGAGGAAUGAACAACAUGCUUGCAGAGCGAAUCAAGGAAUUUCUUAACCGGCUUGUUAGGGAGCAUGGAAGCGUCGACUUGGAAUGGUUACGGGACGUUCCGCCUGACAAAGCGAAGGAUUUUCUAUUAAGUGUUCGGGGACUAGGACUGAAAAGCGUCGAGUGUGUGCGCCUUUUGACACUGCACCAUCUCGCUUUCCCCGUUGACACAAAUGUUGGUCGCAUAUGUGUGAGACUGGGAUGGGUGCCCAUUCAACCACUGCCUGAGUCCCUUCACUUGCACCUUUUGGAACUGUACCCUGUUCUGGAGAAUAUUCAGAAGUACCUCUGGCCACGGCUUUGCAAACUUGAUCAACCAACACUGUAUGAGUUACAUUAUCAAAUGAUUACAUUUGGAAAGGUUUUCUGCACAAAGAGCAAGCCCAACUGCAACGCAUGUCCAAUGAGAGCAGAAUGCAGACAUUUUGCAAGUGCAUUUGCAAGUGCAAGGCUUGCCCUGCCAGGUCCAGAGGAAAAAAGCUUAGUGAGUUCAGCUGUCCCCAUAGCUACUGAAAAAGGCCCUAAAGUGGUUAUCCAUCCAUUGCCACUACCACCACCUGAGGGGAAUCCACAUUCUCAAGCAGGCUCUGAGAGCAAAAGGUGCGAGCCUAUCAUUGAAGAGCCAGCUACACCAGAACCUGAACAUGUAGAAAUAUCAAGCGCAGAUAUUGAGGAUGCUUUCUGGGAGGAGGAUCCCGAUGAAAUUCCGACAAUCAAACUGAACUUCGAGGAGUUCUCUAUGAACAUUCAGAACUAUAUGCAAAAAAAUAAUAUGGAACUGCAAGAUGUGGACAUGUCGAAGGCUUUAGUUGCUUUGACCCCAGAAGCUGCUUCUAUCCCCAUGCCUAAGCUGAAGAAUAUUAGUAGGCUGCGGACAGAGCACCAAGUUUAUGAACUUCCAGAUUCGCAUCCUCUUCUGAAAGGGUUGGACAGCAGAGAGCCUGAUGAUCCAUGUUCAUACCUUCUUGCUAUAUGGACACCAGGCGAAACUGCACAAUCCACGCAACCACCUGAAAUCUGCUGCGCUGCCCAACCCGGUAACCUAUGUGAGAAGGAGACGUGUUUUUCAUGCAAUAGCAUACGAGAAGCAAAUGCCCAAACAGUCAGAGGCACACUUCUGAUCCCAUGUCGAACAGCAAUGAGGGGGAGCUUUCCACUCAAUGGCACUUAUUUUCAAGUUAACGAGAUCAUUCUCAUUCCCAUGCAGGUGUUUGCUGAUCAUGAUUCAAGCAUCCAACCAAUUGAUGUUCCAAGGUCAUGGUUAUGGAAUCUGUCAAGGAGGACUGUCUACUUCGGAACCUCCAUACCAACAAUAUUUAAAGGUCUAUCCACAGAGGGAAUUCAACACUGUUUCUGGAGAGGAUUUGUUUGCGUGAGGGGAUUUGACCAGAAAACACGGGCACCUCGGCCUCUAAUGGCAAGACUACACUUUCCAGCAAGCAAGAUAGUGAGGAAUAAUAAAAAGGCACCAACAAAGGCAGAGGAGUAAGCCAUGCAGAAGACAGCCAACAAGGAAAACCCUAACCAGGAUCCGUCCAUUGAAGGGCAGGUCACUGACCAACAAAUUGCUGUAUAUUUAAGGCACCUGUAACGGGAGGUGAGUCGCCGGAUGCAACAAACAUCAGCUGUUUGGGUUAGACCCAAGUUGACAUUUGUAGCUUUCCGUAGACGACCAAUGAGGAGGAAGGGCUUGUCAUCUGUAUAUCAUAACAUUAUCAUUAUUCCAUUGCAUGCUCCCAAUUGAGCCAUUCUUCAGAAA